AUGGAUCAUUCUUCUUCGCUGCGUAUCGAAGGCGCGGUUGAAGAAGACGGCAGCUGGUUUAAGACCGGCGGCGGAAAGCCGAGCAACCACGGCCGCAGUUACUCUGGAGUAGUUGGAAAAAUAGCGUUGCUAUUGGCGGCGGUUGCUGUAACCUGUUUGGUUCUGAAUCAGUCCUCGUAUUCUGCGCAUCUCUUUCAGUCCUCUUCUGCAAAUCUGUUCACGUUGGGGAACAGAGGAGGACUGAGUUCUCCUGCUUGCGAUGCGAGUGUUUCUUCUCCACCACUUCACCUGCAGGGUGUGGCUGAAGACAAGGUGUUGAAGAACGUACUGAGGGAGGCAGCAAUGACGGACGGCAAAACGGUGAUCAUCACAACGCUGAACGCAGCGUGGACGGAGCCGGAUUCCAUCUUCGACCUCUUCUUGCAAAGCUUCACGAUCGGAAAUCAGACUCAGGACCUGCUGAAACACGUGGUAGUCGGCGCGCUGGACCAGACGGCGUAUUCUCGCUGCUUGGACGCACACCUGCACUGCUACGCACUCACCACCGCCGGCGUCAACUUCUCCGGCGAAGCAUACUUCAUGUCCGAGGACUACCUGAAGAUGAUGUGGAGACGGAUCGACUUCCUCCGCACCGUUCUCCAAUUAGGCUUCGACUUCGUCUUCACCGAUGCAGACGUGCUGUGGCUGAGGAAUCCAUUCGAGAGAUUCUUCCCGGAAGGCGACUUCCAGAUUGCCUGCGACCAUUACUGGUACAACUCAACGGAUCCCGAGAAUUCGCCCAACGGGGGAUUUAACUACGUUAAAUCCAGCAACCGGACAAUCGAAUUCUACAGAUACUGGCACGCAGGAAAGGAUUAUUACCCAGGAAAGCACGACCAGGACGUCCUCAACUACAUCAAACUCAACCCCUACGUCGAAGAAUUAGGGCUCAAAAUGAGGUUCCUAGACACAGCUUAUUUCGGGGGGUUCUGCGAGCCCAGCAAGGAUCUCGAUUUGGUGGUGACGAUGCACGCCAAUUGCUGCAUCGGAUUGGACAACAAGAUCCACGAUAUUCAAAUGGCGAUCGACGAUUGGAAAAGGUACACGUCAGCCGGGCCCUCCGGAGUUGCAAGGAAUUCCACUCUCAGGUCCUGGACCAUGCCUCGCCUCUGUGGCUAAGUGUAUCGAUGAUUGAUCCAACGAUCGACGUUGAUCGGUAUUAAUAUCCAAGGGUAGUUGGUUACACUUAUUUAGAAUGGCCCAAUAAAGAGAGGAAUCACACACAGACAUAGGCUGAAGGGAUGAUCAAUAUUGGACUGGACUGUAAAUCAAGAAUGUCUGAAAGUA